AUGGUUUCAAUAAGUACAACUAUUACAACAACAAAUCAACAACAACAACAAGAAAAAAAGAAAUUAAUAGUAAAAAAGAAUAUAUAUGAUUCAAAGUAUGGAGCAUUAUCUUUAAUUAUAAACAAUGUCUAUUUGUUUAGAAUUAUAACAAGAUAUAUUGUCGAUUUGAACAAACAAACGAUCAGUGAUGCAAUCGUGCGUGUUAAAGAGGUACAUGUUAACCCAAUGUAUGGAAGACAAAAACCGAUUAGUACAACCAAUGUGUGUGCAAAGAAGUUUAAUGAAAUCAAUAUUUCUUGGUGUGUUUAUAAUAAUAUGUACAAUGUUUUGAAAUACAAGAUUAAACAUUUGACAAUUGACCAAAACAACAACAACAACAACACUGACUUAUUGGAGAAAGAAUUGGGUAAAUUAUCAGCAUCAAUGAUCAAACCAUUGGUUUCAAAUUUGGAUUUGCCAUCAUUGACCAUACUGUAUCGAUCAAACACUGAUCUCUUUGAAAGAAGUUGUUAUCUUGUCGAUAUUGCUGCACAGAGUAAUAAUUUAGACACGGUUAAAUUCUUUCAUCAAGUUGCCAAAACAUCAGACUAUGAACUGGCCACUAGAUCGGCACUCCACUUGGCCUGUUGCAACGGGUCACUCGAAAUUGUCAAGUUCCUGCACACCCACCGAUCGGAAGGCUGUAAUAUCUAUUCGAUGAACAUGGCUGCCAAAGCAGGACACAUUGACAUUGUCAUGUUUUUGCAUUUCAACCGAACAGAAGGUUGCAAUCAAGAGGCAAUGGAUGGUGCUGCUUCAUCUGGUUUUUUAAAUAUAGUAGAGUUUCUACACACCAAUCGCGCGAUUGAAGGGUGUACCACAGCUGCUAUGAAUGGUGCCGCUCGAAAUGGGUCACUUGAUGUUGUGGCCUAUCUCCACCAACACCGUAAUGAAGGUGCUACACACGAGGCUAUUGAUGGAGCUGCACGAAACGGCCACAUGGAUGUUGUACUCUAUUUACUCAAACAUCGAGGUGAAGGAUACAGUCACCAAGCAUUCUCUGGUGCCUUGGAAAAUAAUCAUCCGGCCAUAUUUAAAACCCUCCUCUACUAUUCCAAUUUGUACUAUAAGAAAUCGACGUCACAACACUUUUUUGACAAUCUCUUGGUCGACUCGAUUAAGCUUGGCUCGAGACAAGAGAUUGCCAAGAUACUCAUUGAAGGCAAACAUGCACGCGACCUUGUCAAUAUUGUCGAUGAAGCAGUCACCCACAACCGCCUAGAUAUGCUAGCCUUUUUAUUGGACCAUCCACAAACAUGUCAACAAAUGAGUCCCAAGUGUCUCCAAAUUGCCUCAUCCAAGGGCUAUUUACCAAUCGUCCAAUUAUUAAUUGAAAAAAGACCUACCCAACUCUACCCACACGUCCCAUUGGCAUUGUCCUCGUCUAUUGCCAAUGGACAUUCACCUGUAUCAUCAUUUUUAGCAAGUAUCUUAAACAAGAUUCAAGAGACUAGUAGAAGCGGCACAUCAAAUUCAAAUUCACAUACACUUGAUCCAUCAAUCACCGAUGGUCUUGCAUUGAAUUUAAUUAGUGAUUGGGUCAUACGCAACUCGGCUUCCAAUGAUUAA